AUGGUUCUCCCAAACGUUUUUCUCGGUUGCUUUUGUCUAUACCAAGAAUUCGACAGUUCGGAUCAACGCACUAAUGGUUCUCCCAACCGUUUUUCUCGGUUGCUUUGUGUCUAUACCAAGAAUUCGACAGUUCGGAUCAACGCACUGGUUCUCCCAUACGACAGUUCUCCCAACCGAUUUCUCGCACUAAUGGUUCUCCCAACCGUUUUUCUCGUUUGUUUGUGUCUAUACCAAGAAUUUGACAGUUCGGAUCAACGCACUAAUGGUUCUCCCAACCGUUUUUCUCGGUUGCUUUGUGUCUAUACCAAGAAUUCGACCCUUCGGAUCAAUGCACUAAUGGUUCUCCUAACCGUUUUUCUCGGUUGCUCUGUGUCUAUAGCAAGAGUUCGACAGUUCGGAUCAACGCACUAUUGCUUCUCCCAACCGUUUGUCUCGGUUGCUUUGUGUCUGUACCAAGAAUUCGACAGUUCGGAUCAACGCACGGUUCUAAUGGUUUUUCUCCCAACUGUUUCGGAUCAACGCACGGUUUUUCUCGCUUUGUGUCUAUACCAAGAAUUCGACAGUUCGGAUCAACGCACUAAUGGUUCUCCCAACCGUUUUUCUCGGUUGCUUUGGGUCUAUGCCAAGAAUUCGACAGUUCGGAUCAACGCACUAAUGGUUCUCCCAACCGUUUUUCUCGGUUGCUUUGUGUCUAUACCAAGAAUUCGACAGUUCGGAUCAACGCACUAA